AUGAAAUUCGGUAGAAAGAGUACUGAGAAAGCCAUGAGUGAAGUGCUCAAGCCAGUAGUAGUGAAGCCUCUCGAGAAGUUGGUUACUCAGUCGGUAGUGAAGACAAUUCCGGAAAUUAAAAAAGAGGAGCAGGAGACAUUCGAUGAUUCUGAGCAAUUUGAAGCUGGUUAUGAUACAGCCUUCGGUGAUUCCACUUUACAACCACAUUCUGAAGUGGAAAAAACACCCAGAAGGAAAAUUCCCCUGCUCAAAACUUCAACACCCACUGAUCGAAUCCCUCAAGUUAAGCUGGAGUCACCGGUAGCUACCCAGAAACUUGUUCAAACGUACCUCGCUCGAUUUAGUACGGAACGUGAAGUCGAUUUGGAUACAGAGUUCGGCGUACGUAAACUACAGAUUGGCAUGAAGAUUGGCUACUUCAAUGUGACUUUCAAUGGGAAUCUCAUGACCUUGAGGAAUGAGAAUUAUAUACGGACUCCUGGUUUAAUUGAAUUGAUCUUUAAACGAUCGCCCAAUAUGAGCCUGGUCACAGAAAGCGAUAAAGAUACUUAUGGACACAUUAUACUGACAACCAAUGCGCAUCGAUUGUACUACCAAGAGAACAAAUCCCUCCGAACAAGUAAUUCCCUGAACUAUCAAACUAUCAUAAAAAAUUUGCUCUUGUCCAAGAAAACUGGAACAGCUCUGCCACACCACAUGAUCGCCUCUAUCAUACCGAGGAAAAUGGAUUACGUCUACUGGGACCAUCCUAAUGAGCUAGUCGACAGACUUCGAUUGCUUAUGGCGUAUCAAGAGGCUGACAACACAAGCCACACCAAUGAAAUCCUGUCAAUAAUGGAGAAAUUACGUGAAGCUGGUAUUAUUUAG